AUGUGGGUAGAAGUGAGGAAAAAGCAGAGAAUAAAAAGAGACCGGAUGUUGACAAAUUUCAUGUCACUGUUCUUAGAAGGUCGUUUGUUUGUGUGAAGAUUUCUUAUCUGGGAUCUCUCUCUCUCUCUCUCUCUCUAUCUAAAGUCUCUCUCUUUCUAAAACUUCUCUCUCUCUCUCUCUCUCUCUCUCCCCGUCUUCUUAGCUCUGAGGGGAUCGAAAUCGCCCGCUUUUCUGCACUCUGAUGAGGAUUCAAGCUCAUUAAUGGCGUCACUGUGAAACCCACUCCAGCGCUCCUCCUCUGUGAUUUUUUGUUGUUGUUGCUUUAUUCACUUAUUGCUCCGUCUUGUUUGUUGGGUUCCCUUCCACCAUAGACUGGAAAAAUCUUUUUCCAGAUGUAGAGGUUCUUUUGGGUGUUUCUAGUUCUUGGAGAGGGAUGUUUCGAGCACAGGGGUUUCAGAAUUGAGAGGACGAGGAUUCUGUGUUGAGGGAUGGGAACAGAAGUGCAGUUUAAGAGCCACAUGCCGGGAUAUUAUUCCAUGAGGGAUCUAAAUGAAGAUGCAAACAGUUACAAUAAUUGGCCUCUACAUUAUAGAGAUGGACCAUUGCCUAAUGGACAGUUUUACAACUAUUCCCGUCCGAGUGCUACUGCAGAUACAUACGUUGACUAUGACAAAGAUGCAGUGAAGCAGAAAAUGCUUGAGCAUGAGGCCAUUUUCAAGAAACAGGUGUAUGAACUUCACCGUUUGUACAGAAUACAGAAAGAUCUUAUGGAUGAAAUUAGAAGGAAGGAACUAGCAUCGAGCCCUUUAGCUUCUUCAAGUUUCCUCCCCGAAGAUGCUCAGAAAUGGCAGUCUCCAGGCUUCCUCUCGAAUUGCAGGAGGCCAUCUAUUUCAGGGUCUGAAGCCAGCUAUUCUCCAAUGAAGUCUCUAACGGGAAACAAUAGUCCGCAAGCAUCUCCUUUCCCACCACAAAAUGGCUGUACUUCCAAGGUGCCUGAGUGGUUGGAGUCUAGGCCCUCAAAAGUCAGGAGAAGAAUGAUUGAUUUGACCCUUCCCGCGGACAACUACAUCGAUCCCGAAGAGUCUGAGCCAUUUAAGAAUGAUCCCUACGAUCCAGCUCGUAGAGCUGUAACUGACCUGAACCAACCUAUUCAGAUUGAGGAUACUAACAUGCCUGCUCAUCCUCGAUCCCGCGCGUUGUUUGACGGGAAGAUUCUGGGCAAGGAACUGUCCUGUAAGUCUCAGUGUGGGAGCAGUAAUGGGACUUCUAGCAAUCGUCAUACAGAGAGUAAUGGAGGUGGAAGUGGUUGGGUUUCCUAUGCUAUCAAUGCAGGGCAUGACAAUGGUGUUCCUGAACAUGCUCCGCAAAGCAGAAUACAUGAAGUACCGAUGCAUCUCCCUGCUCAUACUGUGAAUCAGCACAAAGUUUCUCUUUCGACUGAUUGGGCUAAAUCGCACUCACACCUGCUUUCACCUUGGCAGAGGCCCAGUGCUAGUCUGACCCAGAAGGCAGUAUCAGUCGAAGUGGGACCAAGUCUGGACUCGUACUCUAUCCACCAUACAAACUUUGAGCCCCCACCGUUGGGUCAUGGAGUGUUCAGUGAAAGGUGGCAUCAAAGUAAUGGAAGACCUGAAUCGCGUUUGGGAAACAAGUCAUUAUAUGAUCGGAAUGGCUUUUACCCCAUGGCUUCCUCAGCAGGACCAAAAGGAAUAUCAUGUCGGCAUAAUGAGCAGAAUAGCAUUGAUAUAAAGCGUUCAGCCGCUAUGGAUCUUAGUAGAGUUCUUUCAGAUGGAGGACAAAAGCAGGAAGACCAUGUUGCUGUUCUGCCUUGGCUUAGAGCUGACACGUCCCGAAAGGAUGAGGCGACUGCAAAAAGUGCUUUUGAUUUUAAGGAGAAAAAUCUGUAUCAGCCACCGACUAAUCAGUUGACUGGCAGAAGUGAAUUGGAUGAAUGUUCAAGAAAUACAAAAAUUCUUGGAAUUCCAAUUUUCGGAGAGCCAGCUACACCAAAGAAAGAGUCAUCUUCCCUCACUGGAAAAUCUGAAUGCGAAGCUGCAGAGGGUGGAAAGAAGAGGAGAAUGCUCGAUAUCAACUUGCCUUGCGAUCAGGUUCCUGAAGAACUCCCAGUCGUGGAGAACAAAGAACCGAGCAUCAAAAUUUCCGGUUUGAAAUGUGAGAUUGAUUUGAAUUCCUGUGCAGAUGAAGGCGAAACUUCUCUAGUAAUUGCUCAUGAAGCCAGUGAGAGAAAGACUUUGGUCGUAAUAGACUUGGAAGCCCCUGCAUGUCCGGAGAUGGAGGAGGAGAUUUCUACUGAGGAUGAAAAGCACAUUCAAUCUAUCCACAGGAAAAUUGAACAUGUACCUGAUGAGACCAUCAAAAUAGCAGCUGAAGCCAUAGUCGCGAUUUCAUCAGCUGUUCCUGAUUUGCCUGAACCUUCUUCAGCAGAAAACCUUCAGUGGUUUGCAAGCAUAGUUCUCCAAGAAAGACAAGUUCGGAAUUUCAGUUCUUCUUCUGAAGGGAUCGAUUACUUUGAGUCCAUGACUCUGAAACUAAGUGAGAUGAAGGACGAAGAGCACCUUCCCCAGCCUCUGGUCCCACCGGAAAUUCUGAAAGUCGGAGGAGAAGUCUCCGCUGUUGCCACAUCAGCAGUCAGGCCCCAGAGGAGAGGGAGGCAGAAGAGGGACUUCCAGAGGGAUAUCCUCCCUGGGCUCACAUCACUCUCAAGGCACGAGGUGAUGGAGGAUAUGCAGACAUUUGGUGGGCUUAUGCGGGCCACAGGCCACGCUUGGAACUGCGGGCCAACGAGACGAGGAUCAGCUCGUAACAGGCCAGCAAGACCAAGGAGGAAGAGGAAGACAACGAGCUGUCCUUCUCCGCCAGUCCCGAGCCCCGCUUACACUUCACCGGUGAACCUGACAGGGUGGGGCAAGACGAGGCGGCCUCGAAGGCAGAGGUGCCCUGCGCCCGCAGGGAAUGCACCGGUCAUCCAAUUAACAUGAGUAACAUUACCAUUUAGGCUUAUGAAUUAGUCUCUGAUUACUUGAGCCAGGGGAGGAAGUAUUUUCUAUGGCUUGGAGGGUUAUCAAGGCAAAUGGGGACCGAUCAACCUUUGUCAAAUUUGAAUCUGGGCAAAAGUCGGCUCCUCAGCUGUGAAUAGUGCUCUUGCAGCUGCUCGAAUUUGUUUAGAGUAUACCGCCAUUUCUUCAGUUUCGGGUUUGGAUUCACCAAACGCAAUCAAACAAUUCACUUGUCUUCUGGGUUUUUCAAAUUUGACAUGUUUCUGAUCUGGCAAUCGCUCAGUAGAAUGCCAGUCCUCCUUUCUGAUCAAUGUUGUCUCUGAUCUCAAAUGUAAACGACAGCUUUGAUUCCAUCUAUGUGAAGGGAGAUACAGUCAUGCACUUUCCUUCU